AUGGUUGUUAGAUCAGCUUCAGGAACACUGGGCGGGGUGCCCAUGAAGCACAUCUCUCUCGUGACACUUAUAUUCCAAAACUCUGCCCUCAUCCUGAUUAUGCAUUACUCUAGGAUAAUGCCUCUGACUGGAGAGCAACGAUACCACGCAAGCACAAGCGUCUUCUUGAAUGAGGUCAUUAAGCUCGCUAUCAGCUUGACUAUGGCAUUACACGAAAUGUCAGGUAACCUUCCUUCGAAUACGACGAUCCCCACACUGUUCCGUACCUUGACGACCGCGAUCUUUACGAACGAGAGCUGGAAGCUUGCGAUACCGGCCGUGCUGUACACGAUACAAAAUUCUCUCCAAUACAUCGCUGUCAGUAACCUGGACGCCGCGACGUUCCAGGUGACGUACCAGCUCAAGAUUCUGACGACGGCUAUCUUUAGUGUGUUGAUGUUGGGCAGAACACUCUCGGCGCGCAAGUGGCUGUCGUUAUUGCUCCUCAUCAUCGGUGUAUCCAUCAUACAAGUACCGCAAGCGACUGCGCCGUCACCUCCACAAGCAUCGGGCUUGAAACCAUGGACUAAGACGCUGGAGCAGCUGCACGACCUCGGUGAGAAUGUCGCAGGGCGGUUAGGGAAACGAUCUGGGUCAUAUGAGGGCAUACACGAGGAUCGCGCAGCUCAGAUACCCCACAUGAAUUACCGGGUUGGGAUUAUGGCUGUCCUGAUCUCCUGCGCGCUUUCAGGCCUGGCCGGAGUUACCUUUGAGAAGAUCUUGAAAGACUCUACGAGCGCCAAGCAGACACCGCUCUGGGUCCGUAACUGCCAGCUCUGUUUCUGGUCGCUCUUUCCGUCGUUGUUCCUGGGGGUCAUAUGGAAGGACGGAGAGAUAAUAGCGAAGACGGGUUUCUUCGUCGGGUACAACUGGGUGGUCUGGGCGGCCAUCGGCCUUCAGGCAGCUGGUGGCAUCGUCGUUGCGCUUGUUAUCAACUAUGCCGAUAAUAUCGCCAAGAACUUCGCAACAUCGAUUUCCAUCUUAGUUAGUUGCAUUGCAAGCGUAUACUUUUUUGACUUCAGGGUGACGCGAUCAUUCUUCCUGGGCACAUGCGUCGUGCUGUUUGCGACGUAUCUUUACACCAAGCCUGAGCGGGGCUCGCAAUCGUUGCCAGUAAAGAUUGCCGACUUCGAGAAGACAACGGUGGAUCGCACCAUCGAUAUCAAUAAGCCGCGGAGGUCAUCAAUUCCAAACUUUUCCCGCCACGCCUUUACUGGCAAAGAGCCUCUGAUCAAGUUAAGUAUAGCAGUCAUGGACGACGACCACCAUCCGUAUGAUGGCUACGAGCAGCUCGGCGCUCCCCGCCGCACGUCGCAGUACGACAUGCGGCCUCAGUUCAAGCAGCCUGGAAGACCAAUCGCACCUCGGGAUCGCUAUCGCGCCACUCAAUAUGACAACCCCCAGUAUGACGUGGUUGAGGACGAUAGCAUGUACGACCGAGGUCAGCAACUCGAUUCAUUCAACGACAGAGUACUUCGGCCUCCGUACUCUGACUUCCAGCGGCAAGCUGCACAAAACACGAAGAGGUUGUCGAUUACACCGGGCGCAUCCACAUUCUUCAGUAAUGCGGCGCCUGCCCGUUCGCAGUCGUCUUACCAGGGUCGUGAUCAAGACAUGUACAAUGAAGAAGAGAACCAUGCGCGUCCUGACCAGGCUAUGCGAGGUCAAAUAAAUCGCUUCGCCUACAAUGCCGCUCCACUUCAAGAGUUCAGCUCCGACAUGCCGCUUGGCCCAUCUUCUAGUCCAGCACUCAGGGCAAGCCAGCGGCGUGCUGAGCAAGUCACUUACUUCCGGCCUCGACACGGCUCACAGGCUCCACUUUUCGAAGGCGACGGCCAAACUGUUGCUGAAGAGUACCGACAACAACAACAUGAGCGCUCCCAUGGCGAGGCCGCACUGCCCAGUUUUCGACCACAUACUAGCCAGCAACGCGCAUCCGCUGCACAGCACAGAGACGAUCUCAAUCCUCCGUAUUGUCGACAAGCUUCCCCAGAGCCGCAGACGUACCCAGAAGAUGUGUUUAACGCUGCUCCCUUAUGUCAAGGUAUCCGCCUGGUCCCUGUCACUACUCUACCAGAUCCUCUUCGAACGGUGUUUCCUUACCCGACCUUCAACGCCGUACAGUCCAAGUGUUUCGACCAAGUCUUCAGGACCGAUGACAAUUUUGUGCUUGCAUCUCCCACCGGAAGUGGCAAGACCGUCAUUCUCGAGCUCGCUGUCUGUCGGGCUGUUGCCACCAACGCAACCGGCCAGUACAAAGUGGUUUAUCAAGCGCCGACGAAAGCCUUGUGUGCAGAACGCCAACGUGACUGGGACGCCAAGUUCAACAAGCUGGGUCUCAAAUGCGCCGAGCUGACCGGCGAUAGCGACCUUGGUGAUCUACGCAAUGUACAGAGCGCCAACAUCAUCAUAACAACACCCGAGAAAUGGGACAGCAUGACCAGGAAGUGGAAGGACCACGAGAAGCUGAUGAGACUCAUCAGGGUUUUCCUUAUCGACGAGGUGCACAUACUCAAGGAAAAUCGUGGUGCCACGCUUGAGACGGUCGUUUCGCGGAUGAAGGCCAUUGGUACGGAUGUGCGCUUUGUGGCUUUAUCAGCGACAGUACCCAACUUCCAUGACAUUGCGGCAUGGUUGGGAAAGAACUCUUCGGAGCCAGACAUCCCCGCCGCCAAUGAGAAGUUUGGCGAAGAAUUUCGCCCAGUCAAACUGCGCAAGCACGUUCGAGGCUUUGCGUACAACUCCAGCAACGAAUUCGGCUUUGAAAAGGUGCUCGAUGCCAACAUCCCUGAGGUUAUUGCUUCUUACUCGCAGCGUAAGCCGCUCAUGGUCUUUUGUGCAACCAGAAACUCUACAGUCAGCACGGCAAAGCUGAUAGCAAACUGGUGGGUCUCGGCAUCAGACCGAGAUCGCAUGUGGAAGCCUCCGUCUAAGUCACCCCUGCUGUUGAACAAGGAGCUUCGAGAUACCGUAUCUUCCGGUGUAGCCUUUCAUCACGCCGGACUUGAUCUUGACGAUCGAGCGAAGAUCGAAAAGUGUUUCAUCGCUGGCGAGAUCAGUGUUAUCUGCUGCACAUCCACGCUCGCGGUCGGAGUCAACCUACCCUGCCAUCUCGUUGUCAUCAAGAAUACCAUGGCCUGGGGUGCGGAAGGAAUGCAGGAGUAUUCGGACCUGGAGAUGAUGCAGAUGCUGGGUCGCGCGGGACGACCCCAGUACGACGACUCAGCUGUAGCAGUCAUCAUGACCAGGCAGGCGAAAGUCCGCCGGUACGAAAUGUUGGUCACAGGCCGGGACCUCAUAGAGAGCAAACUUCAUCUUAACCUGGUAAAUCACAUGAACGCUGAGAUAGGUCUCGGCACGAUUAGCGACCUAGAGUCAGCCAGGAAAUGGCUCAAGGGUACGUUUCUUUACGUCCGACUCCAGAAGAACCCUGGUUACUACAAACUGGACGGCGCUCGAAGUGGUCAAAGCAUCGAGGAGCAAGUCGAUGAUAUCUGCUUCCGCGACAUUACACUCUUGCGCGAGGCCAAUCUUGUGUCAGGGCAAGAGUACUUCAGAUGCACCGAGUUUGGUCAAGCUAUGGCACGGUACUACGUACAUUUCGAGACUAUGAAAGUCUUCAUGGAACUCGGGCUGAAGUCAACUCCCUCAGAGAUCCUCUCCGCCAUCGCUCAAGCUGUUGAGUACUCUACGAUACGCUUUCGUCAAGGCGAAAAGGCAUUCUACAGGCUCCUCAACAAGUCCGCUUCAAUCCGCUGGGCUAUCCCUGUGAACCUUGAUCUACCAUCGCAGAAGGUAUCUCUCAUCGUACAAUCAGUUCUUGGGUCUGCUGAUAUCUCCUGGGAAGGCGAGGCCGGCAAGCAUCGUUCUCAAUAUACUACGGAAACGCAAAUCAUCUUCAAGAAUAUUGGCAGUCUUAUCAGAUGCAUCAUCGACUGUCAGAUCGCUUUAGGCGACUCCAUCAGUAUCCACAGUGCUCUCAUGCUCGAGAGAAGCUUAGGCGCCAGAAUCUGGGACGAUAGCCCGCUCCAAAUGAAGCAAAUUGGAAGCAUCGGCAACGUCGCUGUCAGGAAGCUCGUCAAUGCUGGGCUAAAGUCUAUGGAAGAUCUUGAAGGUUGCGAGCCUUAUCGGAUCGAAGCACUCGUUGGUCGGAAUCCCCCAUUUGGCCUCGACGUGCUCGAGAAAGUCCGAUCGUUUCCGAAGCUUCGCAUCUCACUAAAUGCUCAACCUUCAACCGUGAUGAAAACCCAUGAAGGAGUCAAAAUCCAGAUCAAGGCCGACAUUGGCUUCAUCAACGAGCAGCCGCCACAGCGCUUCAACAACAAACUCAUAUACGUUUGCCUUUUGGUGGAUACUUCCGAUGGCCGUAAGCUUGGGUCUAGCCAAAGCCUCAUAUUCCCAGCACUCUUGACGAAUCCCGACCAGUCAAUCAACUGUUACGUCAUGUGUGAUGGCAUAGGCAUUAUGCGUGCCGCCGCCGUGAAGCCCCAGAUCGCCGCUUCUAUGUUUUCAACCCCAAAACGCUUGGAGUCAGAACGGCCAACAUCACAUCAGUCUAAUAUGUCAAAGCGCCGCACAGAUACUGCAAGACCAUUUAGAAAGAUGUCCGCCACCAGCGAUGACUAUGGAGAUGGUGAUGUGGACGACGAUGCUCUUGUCGAUGCUUCCUUCCGUGACCUCGACUUUGAUUAUAUUGAGAAUUACGCUGACCCUAUCGAUUCUAUCACGCUGAGGAAUACUGCGAAGAACAAGAUGGCCAAGAAUAAGGAUGACGGAAAGAGCAAACGCAUCGCACGACCGGUUGAUGCUACUGCCGAACACAACGAUCUGGAGCCAGUCCAGCUAGCCAACGGUAAAUGGGCUUGUCAUCACUCGUGCAAAGAUCGAGAGGCAUGCAAGCACCAGUGUUGCAAGACUGGCAUGGACAAACCAUCGAAGAAGAAAGCUGUCGCCAAACGCGUACCGUCGGGCGAAGAUCGACCUGAGCCGACGCAGAAACCACCACCGCCGAAAGGCAAAGAGAAGCAAACCAAGCUUCAGCUCACAGCAUCUAAGAGGAAGAUAUCUGCGCCGAUUGACGAGCUCGAUCUCACGCAACAAGAAAAGAAGCAGAGAGCCGACUAUGGCACCAACGGACCUAGGAACUACCGCGGUCUGCAUCAGCUGCACAAGACUAUUCAUGGUAAAGAGCCUCCCUCUUCCCUUCAUUCCGUCAAGUACAAGAAGCCAGCCUAUAGUUACCCCCAAGGAGGAGAGCAUAGCCUUGACUUUAUGGGCCGUUCUACCGCUGAGCUGCAUUCAGCUUCAAGCAAUCAUGGUGAGUUCCAGUUUGACGAGCCAUCAGCCGACUUCGAUCAUCCUCAGCAUCAGAUUGCGGAACAAAACUCACUCGGUGGCACGCAAGAGUCAGAAGACUACAUGAACUAUGAGCCUGCAGCUCCUGUAGCCACCCACGAAUCUGACGCCUUUGACGAUGACGACUCCGUCCUUCGAGAGGCUUUCAUUGGGCUUGUAGAUUCUCAAAAUCUUCAGGAGAUGCGCGAGAGCGACAUUAGUAACAUACAGUCCUUGGACAACGGCCUCGACGAGGACUAUAUGCGUUACAGAGAAGACGACAAGCCGAUAAACUCUAGCUUGAUCGGUUUUGAAGACCACGUCUCACAAAAGCCGCCAGAGCUUAGUCACGCCGAUUGUCCUCGCAAAGCAUCGAUCAAGACUUCCCGUUCACCUUUCUUUGACAGCACCAGCAGUGCCCAAUCGGAGAUCGCAGGCGUCAUACACGCAAAAAUAUCAGCAUUGCCAGACAUGCAACAACGAAUUGCUACGCUGCCCGAGCCGCAUACAGCCGGUGACCAACAAGACGCGUGUAUGGACGACGAGGUAGCAGGCAUGUUGAACAUGUUCGGCGAUGAGCCGGCCGUUGUCUCACUAAUUGUGGAGAAGCCGGUACCCGAAGCUUUCAAGGACCUGGAGCCGUGGCUGUUUCAAGAGUUCGGCGACAUCGUGGAACUUGUUGAUGACUAGAGGUGCUAUAUCUCAAGUCACUGCGGUGCGAUAGAUAGGCAAUAUGGACAUGUGUGGGCUGAUGAACUUAGUGAGUGGGAAAUUCCGCGAGUUCUAGACACU